GUUUGAGUCAGUCCAACCCCGCUGUCGUUACUAGAUGAAGGAUGAUUUAUUUAACAUGUGCCCGCGACCCGACGGCACCCUAAUCGCGACAAAGGGCAUUAUUGCGUCACUUGUCACCUUCUUCUGUAUUCGUACCGCAUCUUUCCAUCUUCUGGCAAAUUCAACUUCAGCUCUUGGAUCACCACCAUCAUCAUCAUGCCGGACUUCUCUGGACUCGAACUCACCAAUAAGGUGGCCAUUGUCACCGGUGCGUCUCGGGGACUGGGCGCUGGCAUUGCCGUGUUGCUGGGCAAGCGCGGCGCCAACGUGGUCGUGAACUAUGUCUCGGAGAGCAGCCGAGAGCGCGCCGAGAAGGUUGCAAAAGAGAUUGAGGGCAACGGCACCAAGGCGAUUGUCUGCCGAGCCGACGUCAGCAAACUGGAGGAGAUCCCCAAGCUGGUCGAGGCCGCGCUCAAGAUCAGCCCGACCGGCAAGAUCGACAUCCUCAUCCACAACGCUGCACAGGGAAACGAGGCCAACCUCGUCGACACCACCGAGGAGUUCUACACGCGGCACUUCGACGCCAACGUCAAGGGCCCCAUCUUCCUGACCAAGGCCGCCGAGCCCCACCUGCCCAAGGGGGGACGCAUCGUCUUCAUCUCCUCGGCCGGCGCCCGUCUAGGCGUUGCGGGCCAGACCGUCUACGCGGCGACCAAGGCGGCCGACGAGGCGCUCGUGCGCGUGUGGGCCAAGGAGCUGGGCCAGUCGCACGGCAUCACCGUCAACUGCGUCAACCCAGGCCCCAUUGCGACAGACCAGUGGUUCCAGAGCGACGAGCAGUUCCUUAAGGACAUGCAGCCCCUGAUCGACUCGACGCCCGCCGCGGCCCGCGUUGGCGAGGUCGACGAUAUCGCGCCCUUGGUGGCCUUCCUCUGCUCGGACCAAGCCAGGUGGACGACUGGCUCUGUGCUGUCUGCGAACGGAGGUCUGUACAACUAAGAGCAGGUGGGAGGGGCAAGAAAAAGAAAAAAGGAAACAAGAAGAAAAGAGAAGGAAACAAAAGAGGCAUUGAGGGAGUUGGGAACACGCCGUGACAGUGACAUACAAUAGCAGAGGCAGACAAGUCGCCAUGCUGUGGCGGUUGAAGGUGUUGCUGCCUCAGCACAGAGUCCAAUCCACUCUUGGUCGCCUUGGCCAGUGCUGGGGUCGCCUUGGCCAGUGCCGGUAGAGGCAGCGAGGUUUUAAAGUCUAGCACAGUGGGUUAGAUAUUUGCUCCUAGACCAGUCAAUGAUAAUCUAAUACCCCAUUAUCUCUAUCUACUGAGGGGAUUAUCCAUAUCAA